AAACCAUGCCUCGUACUGAAAGACAAGGAAGACACAAUAAGAAGAGAGGAAAGAAAGGAAGCAAGAAGAAUGACCAAAUAGAGGCUAUGGAAGACGUUCAACAGUUGAAUCAACAACAAGAGGAAUCUCACCAAGUUGAACAACACUUCCAAGCCGCUCAUUUUGGUGAACUCGAUGAAGAAAUGCUUGGCUACUUUAAGAAUGUUGAAGAAACAUUGGAUGAUCCUCAGUUCGAGACGGGUGAAGAUCUCAGACUAUUUGUUGAGAAUGUAUAUAAUGAAGUUGACGGCAACGAGUUCCGUCUUGCUACCAAUUACUCUUGCUCGCUUAUUUUAGAAAAACUACUUAAAGUGUCUGAUGCUAAACAACUUCGAGUGUUUAUGAGCAAGAUUCGAGGCAACACGGUUGAAUUAUUUGCACAUCGAUUUGCUUCCCAUGUCUGUCAGACAUUGCUGACACUGGCAGCUGACGUUGUAGAACAGGAAAUGGAACAAGGAGGAGUAGCAGAAAAGGAUCAGCCAUCGAUGGAAGAGUUAGUGCUUAGCAUUUGUGAGGAUAUUAAACCCCAUGUUGGAGGAUUAAUAUCUCAGCAGUUUGCUUCACAUGAUAUCCGUAUUUUGCUGUUUGUAUUGGCUGGUAGAAGAAUUGACGAGACAUCAGAUACCAAAGGGCAACUGAGAAGCAAAAAGUCAUUACAGUACAAGAAGGAGAAUAAUGAUACAUUGACCAAGGCAUCAUCACAUGCAUCAAGCAAAAGAAAAGUGCCUGAAUCAUUUAAGGAUAUGUUCAGAGCUCUGACGACAGCAUUAGCUAUUAAUAUGUCAGAAACUGAAGUUCGUUCCUUGUCGGUCCAUAAAGUGGCUAACCCUGUUCUCCAGUUACUAUUGGAAAUGCAAGAAGAUGAUAAAGAAGGACAGAAGGCUAGAAAUAUAUUGAUCGAUCGUGUUCUGUGGGGAAUAGUUACUGAUAUUGAUUCUAAAGAGGAAAACAAAGACAGAGACGCAUGGUUUGAAACACUUAUUCGUGAUCCUGUUGGGUCACAUUUGUUGGAAGUCAUCUUAAAGUGCGCGCCAGACGCUAUCUAUAGAAAGGUCUACAAGACUUACAUCAAGACAAAGCUUGAAAAAUUCAGUCUUCAUCCUAUUGCUAAUUUUGUCGUUCAACAUUUGAUAAGUCAUGUUAGAAAAUCAAAGCAGUUGGAUGAAAUGGUAAAGGAGCUGAGUGGAUCCUUUGAAAAGCUUAUAAAUAAAGGAAAGUACGGUGUGAUCCGAAGUUUAGUCGAAUCAUCAGUUAAAUACGAAACAUCACAACAAGAAAUAGUUGAACAAUUAGCCACUGCAUUACAUAUGCCAAAGGAUAGCGAUAGAAAAGAAUUUGCAAACUGCUGCAUGCGUAUGUGGACAAUCAAACAAUGGAACGAAAGCUCAGAAGAGGAUAGACGUAACCUUUAUAGGUUCCAUUUACAGGGUUCACUGAUUGUUCAAGGCAUUGCCAAAAUGGAAUCCCCUGCAAACUCUAUUUUGGUAAACAGCUUUUUAUCACAACGACCUGAUGUUGUCUAUCAAUGGUGCUUUUCUCCUUCUGGAUCAAGAGCAGUUGAAGCCAUCUUGUCAUCAAGUCAUGUUGAAGCCAAGAUGAAAAAGAAGAUCAUUCGUGAUUUAUUAGGCAAAUAUACUAUUUUGGCCAAGGAUAAAUUUGGUAGCCAUAUUAUAGAAAAAUGUUGGUUAGCAGCAGACAUCGAUAUGAAAGAAAAAAUUGCUGGUGAAUUAGUCAAGCAUGAACAUGAUUUAAGUAGCCACUAUAUUGGUAAAGGUAUCCUUUGGACAUGUAGAAUAGAUCAAUUCAAGAGAAAGAGAAAUGAUUGGAUAGAAAGAGAAAAGGGUGCUGAAAGAAAACGUGAGAUGUUUAAGGAUAUUCUCGGCGAAGAUGUUAGCAUGCCUCUCUUAAAGAAACACAAAAAGAACUAGAAUAUGUAUAUUUUUCGUUAUAUUUGCAUGAUUAAACUACAACAAUACAUUUAUAUAAACUCCCCAACUAUUUUUUUUCAGGGCAAUAAGACAUACAUAUAUACACACACAUAAUACUGCUAUUUCUA